AUGACAGCCCCAGCGACUCAGCCACUCGAGAGUGACCUUUGGUUCGAUCGGCCAGGAGAUGGCGAGGAAUGGGCAGGACACACCAUUCACACACAUUAUUUUGGAUUCAAUAUACCUGAGGAGAAACUCGGAUGUUUCAUCUACAUUCGUGCUAUGCCAGUAUUCAACAUCACCUCUGGCGGCGUCUGCAUAUUCCGGGGUGUCGAUAAUGUAAAGAACAUCGACAUUGACCACUGCAACUUUUUCUACACCAUGCCAUUUCCCAAGGUGGAAGAAGGAAACGUCAUCAAGACUGCCAAUGGCCUGAAGGUCACAUUUCUUGAGCCUGGUCGGAAAGCUCGAAUUGAAUACGAAAGUAAAGACGGCAAAACCAAGUUCGACGUCACACAGGUCGCAAUUACACCUCUGCUUCCCCGAGGUCAUGUCAUGCCUGGAGAAGAAGUAAAUACCAACCCAAAGCAGAAGCCUGGUGGCUCGGAGCAGUAUAUGAAAUGUACAGGCAGUCUGACGCUCAAUGGAAAGGAUCUUAAGGUUGACUGCUUCUCCGUGCGCGAUCGAUCCUGGAGACAGGUCCGGACGGAGGAAGAAGUCGAAUAUCCCCCUGUGGCCUGGUCACCGAUCUGUUUCGGGGAGGAUCUUGUCUUCAACCAGUGUGGCUAUGACAGCACGCAGGUGUGGAAAGAUCAGUUUAGAGUUGACCCGGAGAAACCUAUACAUUUCUUCUCCUGGCUCUACAAGAAUGGCGAGAUCCGCCAGAUUCCGAAAGUCAAGCGCACGAUCCUACGAUGGGAUCCCAAGACUUAUUCCGCCUCCGAGCAGAUCAUAGAAGCUGAAGAUGAUCACGGACAGAAAUACGAGUUUCACGGGGAGGCAAUUGCCGCAGCACACCUGCCUUCCUGGCCCAAUGGUGUCUUCAUUGACCUGGUCUACAAAUGGACGGACAAAGCUAGUGGUCGAGUGACGUAUUGCACGUAUCAAGAAGCAUGGUACGCGAAAAAUCAGCAUUUUAUGAGAGGCAAGAUCUCGCCCGAUGGAAACUUCGUGGGUUAG